GUUCUUUUAAAAGCCCCGAAUGCUGAAGCUUCUACCUCGACCCAAGUGUUCAUCCAAGAACCUAAAAGACAAGCCGAAUAUUCGGAGGUGGAACCUUCAAGAGGAAGCAGAUAAUGGCAAUGGAUUAAGUGGUUUAUGGGCUUGUGGGAAUUUUCUUUUUUUCCUUGGACUUGUUUUUAUUGUUAUUGUUUUUCGUAACAUUACAAAAAGUUCAGGAAAUUGAUUUGCUGGAGAGCUUAUGCUAUUCAGUUAUUAUUAAGGUUUCCAAUGACAGGUCUUGUAUUGCAUGAAGCUAUGUUCUUAGUGUUCUAUUCAGCUCUGUUCUUUUCUGCAUUCCAAGAAAUCUUUGGAGUUCGCCUUAGUCAAGACUAGUUUAGGUCUGAAGAAACCUCUUGAUAGGGUGUUAUUAUCCAUUUCGUCUAGUUGAAGAAAGCUUCAUAUGGUUUUUGGAUUUCCCAAGGUCUUGUUGUAUUGUUUUACUCCCUUGACUUGACUCAAUUGCUUAUAGCUCAUGUGCUAGUUUAUUUUCAGCUCAAGUUGCACCACUGUAAGUUUUCGAGAUUUUCGCAGUUGGAUCUUGACUAGAUUCAUAGGGACACCCUCAAUGUCAAGUUGAAUUAAAUCAAGCUUGAGCUCUUGGAAGAACAGGAAGGUCAGUGGCUGUAAGUUGCACAGCUUCACCUUUCUUUCUGUCCUAGGGUCUUCUAGGCUUGAUCCAAAAAGAGUGGAAGCAGUAUGGAUGAGAAUGGUGAAAUAGAUCAGCUAGAAGAAGUGAUGUUGCCAGGUUUUCGAUUUCAUCCGACGGAUGAGGAGCUUGUUGGGUUUUAUCUGAAGAGGAAGAUUGAGCAAAAACCACUUGCCAUUCAGCUUAUCAGGCAACUGGAUAUCUACAAAUAUGAUCCAUGGGAUCUUCCAAAGCUAGCUAUGACUGGAGAGAAGGAAUGGUACUUCUACUGCCCAAGGGACCGGAAAUAUAGGAACAGCCCAAGGCCUAACAGAGUCACAGGUGCUGGAUUUUGGAAAGCCACAGGAACAGAUAGGCCAAUCUACUCCUCUGAUGGAACUAAGUGCAUAGGCCUAAAGAAAUCACUCGUCUUCUACAGGGGCCGAGCUGCCAAAGGGAUCAAAACUGACUGGAUGAUGCAUGAGUUCAGGCUGCCAUCUUUAUUUGAUUCAUCCCCUGCCAAUAGGCCUUUUAGUAAGAACAUUCCUGCCAACGACCAAUGGGCAAUCUGUAGGAUCUUUAAGAAAACCAGCUCCGUGGCACGAAAGGCACUGCCUCAGUCCUUGCCAUCUUCUUUACCUAAGAUCGAUGAUGCCAACCAAUUCGCUUUCGAGAACAGUACUUGCAUGAACCAGUUUGGUAGUAACAAUGGCUUACAGUUGCAGCAGCAGCAGAGAAACAUAACUCAUCAUCUUGAUGCUAGCUCUUAUGGAACCAGCAAAAACAGCUACAGACAUUCUUUACCUCCUAUUUCGAGUGAAGAAAUACCUGCUAACUUCAUGUUCUCUCCUGUUGAACUAUCAGUGCAAAACAAGAGAUUACUCAAAGUUGCUUCCAUGAUUCAUAACAUCUCACCAACAAUGUUUACUGAUGUAGAGAAGGCCUCGUUGAAUAUAGAUUUUGGACAGCCCAAAAAUUGUGAUGGAGUUGGAACAGAUUUACCACUUGAGGUAGUUCAGCACUUGGGAAGUGGAGAAGAAGAAGGUAGCAUGAAGGUAAUCGCAAAUACAAGCUUUGCUGCCAAUGAUCAUUUGGAAACCAUGCAUGCAAUCAGUUUUCCCUUGGGCUUGCUACCUAAACUUUCUGAUGAGGGGAAAACCAACUUGCAAUGGGUUUCCUCGUUGUGCGCAAAUGAGAUGUUGAGUUACCCUACGAACGAAUGUUAUACUUGAAAACAAGAACCAUAUAGAGAGUGAGGUUCAUCUUGCUAGUAUUGCAACUAGCUUAAACUUAAUUUAGAGUUUGUUGCUUCACUCUGUACCAGCAAUAAGAAGUGCA